GGAGUUGCACGAGGCGGCGGCGGGAGCUGGAAUAGCAGAAGAAUUGCCUCGCUGAGUACGCCCGGAGCCCUGCAGUGGCUCAGACGGUUUCGUGGACCGCCAGGUUGACACAUCUUCCUGAGCCAGGCCUUGCCAGAAGCACUGCAUGCAAACUUGACUGCACACUAGGGCACGCUAACUGGAACUGGCGUCAUGGACUUCGUCAUGAAGCAGGCCCUUGGAGGGGCCACCAAGGAUAUGGGGAAGAUGCUGGGGGGAGAGGAGGAGAAGGACCCAGACGCACAGAAGAAGGAAGAAGAGCGACAGGAGGCUCUGCGACAGCAGGAAGAGGAGCGUAAAGCCAAGCAUGCGCGCAUGGAGGCUGAGCGGGAGAAGGUCCGGCAGCAGAUCCGAGACAAGUAUGGGCUGAAGAAGAAGGAAGAGAAGGAGGCAGAGGAGAAGGCCGCCCUGGAGCAGCCCUGCGAGGGGAGCCUGACCCGGCCCAAGAAGGCUAUCCCUGCAGGCUGCGGGGAUGAAGAGGAGGAAGAGGAAGAGAGCAUCCUGGACACGGUGCUCAAAUAUCUCCCGGGGCCACUGCAGGACAUGUUCAAGAAGUAA